AUGACAACACCAGCAGGGCUGCUCACGGCCCAGCCUUUUUUUCAACUUUUUUUGGCCUUUUUCCGCUUAUGGCCGAUGGAUGUGUUCAAUCCGGAUCAGUUCCCUCACUUCCUCGACGACCGCGUUCGCAAGUACAUCACGCCGAACCCCUUCAUAUUCCUCCCUUUCAACGCCAGCUCACGGACGCUUGGGGCAACAGACCUACUAGUAGACUACCCUGCUACUACCUACACCCAGCCUAAUGCUGAAAUCGGAGGUUUACAAAUCCCGUGGUUCGGGUAUUUCUUCAACACUUCUUGGAUCCGUCCUUUCCUCUGGGUACCAGCAGAAUUGACAUCCUUGAUGGGCGGUUUCUUUCUCCUGAAACGCCACGCCGCCUCAAGCCCUAUCUUCGACGCCUUGUUCAAGGGCCUCGUAUUUCUGGGAGCUGGGUCUAAAUCCGAAGAAAAAAUGGCACUAACCUUCAUUAAGUUUUUUGAUAUUUAUGGAAGGAAGUUUGGUGGUCAUUUCAUGAAUCUUGCUCGUCGCGUACUGGGCCUUGAACAUAUCUUGCUUGAUUGCGCUGGAAGCCUCUGUCAUGUUCUGUGUUUGGGAAUUGAACCCGAGGAUGAUAUAGACUUAGAAUCCCAGGCACAUGCCGAUAGCGUACCAUCGUAUGAUUAA